AUCAAUCAGUUGUUGAAUCAAGAAACUAGAAUAAUCUCCCUCACUUUAUAGUCUUUAUUAUGAAACCCUAACCCUAAUUUUGCUAUUUCAAAGCCAUUAUCUGAUCUUUGUAAACCCUAACUCUAUAUAACAGUCUUCGGCUUCGAUUUUUGCUCUCAUCUGUUCUUGAUUUCGCGGCUUCUUAUCUUGAAGACAAUUCAACGGCAACUUUUUGGUUGCUUAAAAGUUUCGCGUUUUGCCGCAAAGAUCAUCUCUAUUGAUCGUGGAUAUCGCUUCGUCGAUCGCUAAUUAAUCAGUUUUUGAAGAUUUUGGUCGGCGGCGAUUCUUUUAAUUGAAAUCCAAUAUUUGGGGUUUUCAUCAUUUUUCUGUUGGAUCUGCCAUUUUUUCAUUGAAUUGAGAGAAUCGGCUGCGAAUUUCUCGUUUGCUGUGUGCGAGAAGGAGUUUGCCUCAGAUAAUUUGAGAGUUUGAAGGUUUCAGUCUCGUAUUGAAUAAAUUAGUUUUUUUGCCUCGAGCAACGCGUGAAGAAUAUUCAGCGGGAUCCAUUGCGCGAAUUGAUUGGUUCGAUCUUUCAUUAGUUACACCGAAGAAAUCAGAAAAAAAAUAAUUAAAAGAGAGACCUUUGCUUUUGUACUUUGUCAUAUUUUUGUUUGUUCGAGUUUUAAGUUCAUUUGAAUGUCAGGCCUUUUAAUUUUUUAAGGCCUUUGAUUAUAUCGUUAUAUUUGUGUUUCCUUUUCCCAUUUUCCAUAUAUUCUAUUACAAUAUUUUAUCAAAUCAGAAAAAAGGAAUGGCUGUUUAUUACAAGUUUAAGAGUGCAAGAGAUUAUGAUUCUAUCGCAAUGGACGGUCCAUUUAUAUCAGUUGGUACCUUGAAAGAAAAAAUUUUUGAAUCAAAGCAUUUAGGCAGGGGUACCGACUUCGACCUCCUGGUCACUAAUGCCCAAACUAACGAAGAAUAUCUUGAUGAGGCAAUGUUAAUUCCAAAAAAUACUUCUGUAUUAAUUCGUCGGGUUCCUGGACGGCCUCGCAUGCCCAUUGUUACCGAGCCAGAGCCUAAGGUGGAACCUGUGGCUGAGGACACACAACAAGAAAAGAGUAGCUUCCAGGCAGCCGAUACUUCUGUUAUGAUAUAUAAUGAAGACACUGAAUGGGAUGAGUUUGGGAAUGAUUUGUAUGCAAUUCCUGAAGCACCAUCUGUGCAGUCAAGCAAUCCACUUCCAGAUGCUCCACCAUCAAAUAAAGCUGAUGAGGACAGCAAGAUCAAGGCUUUAAUUGAUACUCCUGCCUUGGACUGGCAGCGGCAAGGUUCUGAUGGUUUUGGCCCUGGUAGAGGCUUUGGAAGGGGUAUGGGAGGAAGGAUGGGUGGACGUGGUUUUGGUUUGGAGCGUAAAACACCUCCACAGGGCUAUGUAUGUCACAGGUGUAAGGUUCCAGGACAUUUUAUUCAACAUUGCCCUACUAAUGGUGACCCAAAGUAUGAUGUCAAAAGAUUUAAACAUCCUACUGGUAUUCCAAAGUCAAUGCUAAUUGCUACUCCAGAUGGUUCAUAUGCCUUGCCAAGUGGUGCAGUUGCUGUUUUGAAGCCAAAUGAGGCUGCUUUUGAGAGAGAAAUCGAGGGCUUACCUUCCACACGUCCUGUUGGUGAUCUUCCCCCAGAACUCCACUGCCCAUUGUGCAAGGAAGUAAUGAAAGAUGCUGUAUUAACAAGCAAAUGUUGUUUCAAGAGUUUCUGUGAUAAGUGCAUCAGGGACCACAUUAUUUCAAAAGCAAUGUGUGUAUGUGGGGCCACAAAUAUUCUCGCAGAUGAUCUUCUGCCAAACAAGACACUUAGGGAUACGAUAAAUCGUAUUUUGGAGUCUGGUAACAGUAGUGCUGAAAAUGCUGGAAGCACUUUUCAAGUUCAAGAUAUGGAAUCUGCCAGGUUGCCGCCUAAGGUUCCAUCUCCUACUAUGUCUGCUGCUUCAAAAGGAGAGCAAAAGCCAUUGCCUAUUGAAGAAGAAACUCCAGUCAUGAAGGAGACAGCAGACGAGGGAAAAGCUGUUAUUGCUCCACAGCAGGUUCUGGAAAAGCCAAGGGCAGUAGCAAAAGCACCUGAUGUGUCUGAAGCCACACUUGAGUCAAUGAGUGUGAAGGAGCCUGCAUCACAAGGGAGUGCCCCACUGGUGGAGGAGGAAGUCCAGCAGAAGAUGGCUUCUGGGGAGGCAGGAAAGAAAAAGAAAAAGAAGAAAGUUCGCAUGCCUGCUAAUGGCAUGCCUCCAAAUGACUUACAAUGGAAAACCCCUCAAGAUUUUGCAGCUGAGAAUUAUAUGAUGCCUCUUGGACCCUCAGCUUAUAAUCCUUACUGGACCGGCAUUCAGCCUGGGAUGGAAGGAUAUGGAGCUCCGUUUGGUGGGGCCAUGCCCUAUAUGGGUUAUGCUAUGGGCCCCUUAGACAUGCCGUUUGGAGGUGUCAUGCACCAGGACCCUUUUAUGGCACAAGGUUAUAUGUUGCCCGGUGUUCCUCCUCAGAGGGAUCUAGCAGAUCUUGGAAUGGGCAUGAAUGUUCCACACCCCGCACACCCUGUAAUGAGCAGAGAAGAAUUUGAGGCACGGAAAGCUGAUUUAAGGAGGAAGCGUGAAAAUGAGAGACGAAGUGAAAGGGACUUCAGUAGAGAUCGAGACUAUGCUAGAGAAGUGAGCAGCAGUGUCGAUGUUUCUUCCAUGAAACCAAAAUCUAAAUCAAUUCCUCAAGCUUCAAGUGCUGAUCACAAUCACCACCGCCACAGGCCUGUGAGGUUAUCUCCAGAACCACCACCACCUCCACCCCCACGGCCAUCCAAGAGAAAGUCUGAUCACCAUCGUGACCAUGAUUAUGAUUACCAUGACUAUGAUCAUGACCACGACCGUGAACGUGAACGUGAACGUGAAAGGCAUCACCAUCAUCACCAUCACCGUUCAGAGUCCUCUUCAAAGCCUUCCUCAGAAACAGUCGUCAAAUCCACUUCAACAUCAACACCGACAAUGUCAGCAGCUGACAAAAAACACAAACUGAGUGUCUUUUCUCGCAUUAGUUUCCCUGAAGAAGAAGCUGCCAACGCAAAGAAACGAAAGCUCUCUUCCUCUUCUUCAGCAGCAACAACAGAAGCAGCCAAGCCAUCCUCGAAUGGAUUUUACGAGGACUACAAGUCAUCUUCUGCCAAGCUACUUAAGAGUGGUUGUGGUGUGGACUAUGAGUCGAGUGAUGAUGACAGGCAUUUCAAGAGGAAACCUUCAAGAUAUGAGGCAACACCACAACCACCGCCAGCUGUGGAGUGGGAGGAGGAGCCGCGACACUCGAGGGGCUCCACUAGGGAACGUAAGCAUAGAUAGAUUCUAAAAGAGAGGCUGAUUUUUCCUCCACUCUGAGUGGG